AUGGGUACUAAGAUGAAGCCAACGGUAUUCAACGAGAGAGUAGCUACAGCGUUAAAAAAGUGGCAUCACACAGCAAAGAAGCAGACAAGACAUGGAAGACACUCUGAAUCAACCACACCUUACUCUAGCCGUCCAACCACACCAACUCAUGGCUCAUCUCCAAUCCAUCUCCUUCACAAUUUCAACCAAAGAAGCGUUGAAAGCUUCCCCAACUCUCCUUCUCCUAGAUACUCUAGUCAUCAUGAUGGACACCAGUUUUGGGAUCCUGAGUCCCAACACCCAGAAGCUGGAUCUUCCUCACAUCAUUCUCUUGCCCAUGAAAGCUUGGAAAAGAAACCUGUUCUUGCGUCCGUGGAACUUCCACCUAUACGGACAAGCAAAAGCUUAAGAGAUUUCUCAUUUAAGAGAUAG